GAAUACUCUGGUAUACAUUACAGACCUCUCCCCUGUUGUUGUGCUUCAACUCUUUCCAAUCUACAUCACUCCUACUCUCCUCUCGCAUCCUCUCUCUGCUUCCAGCUCGUGUGUUUCCCCUUCCCUCUUCGCCGCCGGAAAAAAAGUUGCUUCCUUUUCCGACUAUCUCCUCUCUCCUUUCUGCUGAAGCUUUUUCCAAGCUUGCAUGAGUUAAGGGUGCAGGAACAAUGGGUAAGUACAUGAGGAAAGCUAAGCUCAACGGUGAGGUGGCGGUGAUGGAGAUCUCAGCUCAGUCUUCCAUAGGCGUACGGACAAGAGCCAGAACUCUCGCACUUCAGCGACUUCAGAAGUCAUCUUUCUCCCCUGAGGCUGAUAAUUCGUCUUCUUCCUCCUGCUACCUUCAGCUCCGCAGUCGCCGCCUGGAGAAGCCUACCUACGCCGUAAAGACGAAGGAUUUGCAGGGGUCUAAGAUUCUUGCUCCGGCGGCUUCCUCGCCAGAGGCUGACGCCGGCUUGGAGGUUUCUUUCGGGGAGAAUGUUUUGGAGCUCGACGCAAGGGAUAGGGAAACAACACCUUGCAGCUUGAUAAGAAAUUCUGAAACUUUAAGUACUCCUGGUUCUACCACCAGGACCACUGCUACAGCUGCUCUUAACUUCAGAAUACAUAACACAGCGCAUCAAAACAUACCCAGCACACAUGAGAUGGAAGAGUUCUUCGCAGGCUCUGAGCGCCUUCAACACCGAACUUUUAUUGAAAAGUAUAAUUUUGAUCCUGUGAAUGAUUGUCCCCUUCCUGGACGGUUUGAAUGGGUUAAGCUCGACUCCUAAAAGUUAAAUUUUUAUCUUUUUAUCGGCUCUCUCUCCAUUGUUCUCUGCAAAGUUAUGAUUCUGAUGUUUGUUAGAGGAGAACGAUGGCUUUCCCAAGGAGAAUAUGCGUAGUCCAGUGGCGUGGUAUCAGACAGAUCUGAAGGUGGACAGCUUAGGUGGUAGAAAAGAAGAAAGGAGUUUAUGUCGUAUUCUAUUCUUAGCUGUAGCUGUUAACAUAUCAUUUAGGAGAGUUCGAUAGGGAUCAUUUGAUGAAAUUUUCUUUCUGUAGCAUACUGCUGUUGGCACCAUGUUCUUUGGGAAAUAAACAUUUUUCUUUCAUGAUUUCUUAUUUUACUGUCAUU